CUCAGGCUUGGAGAUGAGGCUACUGCACUCACACCGGCAGAGAGAGUGACGCGCUCAGUGGUUAAGAGAGCCUCGGUCCUCCCUCCUGCUCUUCACAUGAUCUGUAAUUCUCACCGAGACUGGAAUGAGGAAAGGAGCGACAAUAACGAUGGUUGAGCAGAGCCACAAUCUCUUUUUAGUGCGUUUACUUUAUUCGGCGACAAUCUGGCUGACAUUUAUUCACUGCACGUAUGGAAUCCCCUGGACAGAAGAAAAGCUCCGUCACAGGGCUGUCACGCUAACACAGGAUGAAAUCCGUACCGCCAUGUCUCACACUGACCUGGAGCAGAUGUGGCAGAGAGACCUGAGGCCGCUGUUGGUUACCAGGUACCCAGGCUCUGCAGGAAGCCAGGCUGUACAGCAGCAUAUCAAAACAACAUUAACUUCUCUUGGAGCAGGCUGGGAUGUAACAGAAGAUAAGUUUGUGUCACAAACACCCUAUGGCCCCCUCCCUUUCACAAACAUUAUCGCCACCCUCAACCCUUCAGCCAAGCGCCGUCUGGUCCUGGCCUGUCACUACGACUCUAAAUAUUACCCUCCACAGUGGCAUGGGGUGGAGUUCCUGGGUGCUACUGACUCUGCCGUACCCUGUGCCAUGAUUUUGGAGCUGGUACGAGCAUUGGAUACAGAACUGACAGCUCAGAAGCGUUCCAGUCCUGACCUGACCCUGCAGUUGCUUUUCUUUGAUGGCGAGGAGGCUCUCUUCCACUGGGGCCCCACAGACUCCCUUUACGGCUCUCGUCACCUGGCCCAGAAGAUGGCGAGCACCCCCCAUCCCGCAGGAGAGACUGACACCAACCAACUACACGGCAUAGAUCUGUUUGUGUUGUUGGACCUCAUCGGUGCCCCAAGCCCGCGCUUUGGAAACCAGUUUCCCAACACAGUGAACUGGCUCACCAGACUGCAGGAGAUUGAACAGCGUUUACACUCCAUGAACGAGCUUGUCGAUCAUCCUGAAAGUGUGGAAUAUUUCUGGCCUGAUCGGCCUAUGGGCCCCAUCCAAGAUGAUCAUUUACCAUUCCUAAGGCGAGGUGUAAAUAUCCUCCACCUCAUCCCCUACCCCUUCCCCUCGGUGUGGCACACGUUUGAUGACAACGAGCAAAACUUGGACCGCUCCACCAUCCAGAACCUCAACAAGAUUUUGCAGGUUUUUGUUCUGGAGUACCUCAAUGUCAGACCCACUGUCCCCACAAAUCCACAGAAUGCCCCAUUGUAAAAUGUCAACAAUAUCCUUUCUUUUUUAAAUGGAAAUAUUUCCAUUUGCAAUUUUUUUAAACUGAAAGAAUACACUGUAUUUGAUGCUUCUUAAACACAAAAUGUUCCUACGCCUUAAAGAUCAGUCAGAUUUGUGCCAACUGAAAAAAAAAAAUAACAGUAAAUGUUUAUAGAUUAUUGAUUCUUUGCAGCAUAGGGAAGUCAACAGCUGACAUCCACCCCAUACAUUUUUCUUUCCUCCAAUUUCCUGAGAUGAUGGUUGGUUGUUUUCUCAAAAUCUCAAUGUAAUCCAUCCCCUUGUCCCAGGAUAACAAUUUUACUGUAAUAUCGAGAUUAUUCCUUAAGAUAUGAAGAAAUUAACAAAAAAAAUCACAUGUAAAGGAUUAGUUCAGUCAGGCCACUGAAUCAAUCACUGACAUAAUUAAGAUCAGCUGAUCCCACGCAAGCCCUCAUCAGCUGAUCAGCUGUAGGCCAGCUGAUUUGCUCUAAGCACGCUAUUGGCUGCCUAUUUUAAACUGUUCUUACCUGGCUAUGCUCUGCCACUCUGUCUGCAAACCUCCUCCACCCCAGCUCCUCCUUUAUUCUGCCUCUGACUUCAUCAGUGACAAAGUGGUCCUGACUGAGUUAAACUUGUUUUCAGAAUAAAACCUGUGAAGAUAAUGAGAUAAAGAGGCAAAUAUACUUUUUAUCUAGGGAAAAAAAUGAAUGACUUGAAUAGCAUGUCCUCUCAGGGCUUCCUACAUAGAGCAUAAGCUCGCAUAAGCUUAUUAGAAAUCAAGACACAUGUUUAUUUGGCUAUUUUGUCUCUUUAAGUCCCCAGUCUGCAGCAACAAGAACUGGACACAGGAUCCUGUGUCUUUAGACUACACUGCUUUCUUUAUGUUAGCCUUAACCCCUUAUCUACACUGUGAGGAGGCAUCUUGAUGUCCACACAACCGUCUUCAAUCCAGAACCUCAAAAAGAGGAGGAAAGGUAGUUUGGAGGGUGAAAAAAACUUUAAAAUUCUGACAUUGGCUGCUUUAAAUUACAUUUAACCACUGAGAGCUCAUUGUUUCGUUAUGUUUUACUGUGAGAACAGCUGUAGCAUGAUAACAUAACAUGAUAGAUAUGUAAAAGAUGAUUAGUCAUGAAGGUCCUGAGAAAAUAAUGCAAAGCACAUGGUGAAACAACUUUUUCCUGCUGAUGCUAGAGUACGCAUCUUUUCCUCUGCUGUAGCAGAUCUGUUCAGUGUUUACAGAGCAAACUUGUCAUAGCAGGAAGUAAGUUUAUUCAAACACUAUAUCUUUAGCCCUUCAUAUCCUGUCAUCUUAGAGAGUGAAGUGGAUAACUUCCUGUGCUGUUGUUACACAUGCCUGUUCUUGUUUGUAUGAAAUUGUACAUCUGAUAUUUAAUGUAGAAACCAGAAUAAUAUACAGCACCAAAACUGGACUUCCUGUAUUUUGAGGGUGAAAUAAAUUAUCAUGCAGA